AUGGCGUUUGAGCAAGCAUCCCCGAUGACAAAGUUCGAGGCAUCACCGGCCGAGUCCUUCAUGUCGCUCCCCGGUGACAACUACACAUCACUCUUCGCCCCGACCACUCCCUCAUCAUCAACCAUCAAUCCUCUCGAUAUGAUGACUCCUCAGUCACACUCUGAAGACAAGCAGACCCCUCAGCUGCCUGUCAUUUCAGAAGAGGCCGAGUCACCCGCCACCGAGAACGCACCGUCAUCAGACAAGUCAGAAAAGAAGCAGACCAAGAAGAGAAAGUCUUGGGGUCAAGUUCUUCCAGAGCCAAAGACCAACCUUCCUCCUAGAAAACGAGCCAAGACCGAUGAUGAAAAGGAGCAGCGACGUGUCGAGCGUGUUCUCCGUAACCGCCGCGCCGCCCAGUCCUCACGAGAGCGAAAGCGUCUCGAAGUCGAGGCUCUGGAGAUACGCAACAAGGAGCUUGAGGACAUGCUCAUGAACGCACAAAAGGCCAACCUUAUGUUGGUUGAGGAGCUAAAUCGAGUCCGUCGGGAUUCUGGCGUUGUGACUCGAUCAUCAUCUCCACUGAGUUCUCUCCGUGACGCUCCUCUGUCAUUAUCACAAGAGCUCUUCAGCUCCCAAGACGGCCACAAGGCGCAUCAGGAACGUGCCGCUAAUUUGGUAGAGCACCUGAUGAAAUCAACUGCGAACCCCACCGUCAAUCCAGCCUCACUGUCUCCCGAGCUGUCACCUGUCCCUGAUGAGCCCGAGUCUCACUCGGCCUCUGUGGAGGCGCAACCUGCAGUGUCACAAGUCGGCGAAGGUGCCCAAGUCGUUCCAGGACUCGCAGACUCCGAUGUCACCUUUAUUGACAUGGGCUCUGCAGCUCAGGAUGAUGCUGCUUUCAGCCUCGGCGAUUCUUUCGGCAUGUCAGCGGCCAUUGACACAGAUCGCUAUGUCCUCGAAAGCGGGCUUCUCGCUUCUCCCAACUCCUCAAUUAUUGACGACGAUUAUCUGGCUGGUGACUCUGCAGCCGGCCUCUCGGGUCAGUCAACCUUCGACCUCUUCAACAUCGACGACUUCCUCAACGACGAGGCAAACCAUGUCGUCUCCGACAUUAUGGCAGCGAGCGACUAUGCCGCUGCGGACCACGGCUUCGAGCCCAAAGUCCACGACUCUGAGAUUCAAGUCUCUUAA